AUGGAGAUGGAGAUGCCGUCGGCGGCGGCUUUGGCCGGCACAAGGCUGCUGGGCGAGGUUGAAGAGACAAGACUAGACGAGGUUCUGCAUGCUCUCCGCAUAGCACUGAAUCCCGACGCGCCAUGGACUAAAUCGAGGCACCCAAAGCCGUAUCCCAUUCCAGGUCUCGACGAUCUAGUUACUCGUAAUUUCCGGGCGACAAAGUCGGCGCCGUUGGCUGUGACCGGCCGCCAGCUCCCGCUCAUCUACGCACUCGUCUCGACACUUUUGUCGCAUCCCUAUAAUAAAACGGUUCUAAUCAUCGAUACGGAGCAUCGCUUCGACGCAACUCGCCUACUCUGUAACCAAGAUGAUCUGCGCCACGCCUACGUGCAUCGCCCAGCUCGCCGUGGCAACGUCGAUGGCCGCAGCGGAGGCGGCGCCGGCAUGGGUGCGGACCAGAUCCGGGAGCUUGUUGCUGCUGCUGAGGGCUGGAUGCUUUACGGCGGUCACCAUAGCGGCGCUCGGCAAUGGUGGGGGACCAUGGUUAUCGGCGCCCUCGGAGCCGGGGAUGUGACUACCGCCUGGAAAGGCUGGCUACGAGUUGACCGCGAAUACGUGCCGGGAUUUUCCAUCGGCUGUAGCGCGACGGAAGCUGUGAAGGACCGCCAGCAACGCCAGGAAGUCGUCGAUGCUGCACCGUGGGCGGUCUCUUCGCAGUGGGGAUGUUUCACAUUCACAGACUCUGACUCUACGAAAAUAACGCUCGAUCCAAGGGGGUCUACCGACCGAUAA